AUGAAUUUACGACGAUCAAUAUCAACAAAUAAUACUCAUAUAACAAUAACAAAGAUGAGUAAUCAUCAUCAUCAUCAUUAUUCAAUAACAACAAGAAAUUCAACAACAAAUGAUUUUAAUGAAACAAUGAAAAAAACCCCAUCACCUCGUCGUCAAAUGACACGUUCAACAUCUAAUUUAAAUAAAGAUAUGUCAUCGUCUAUAAAUAAUAAUGAACAAUGUAUACAAGUUAUUAAACCGGUUGCUGUACGUCCACCAUCAUCAGAUUCAACACAAAAUCCAUAUAAUUUAAGAUCACGUACUAAAUUAAAAAAUUCAACUAACAAUAAUAAUAAUAAUAAUAAUAAUAAUAUUGAAGUUAUACCAUCAUUUACAGAAAAACUUUCAUUAGAAACACCAAUUAUACAACAAAAACCGGUGCCACCAUUAACUCGUGCUGCUGCUGCAUCAGCCGGUGUUAAAAUUGAUUCAUUUAUAUCUGAUGAAUCAAUUAAAACUAAUAAUAAAUUAACAACGACUACAAUUUCAACUCGUUCGAGUACCACUCGAAAACGUAAAGCAAGCGAAGAUGAUCAUCGACCAUAUUUAGAUUUACUUAAAAUGAAACAGACUCAGUCGACAUAUAGCUUUGAUGGCAAUUCACCAAAGAAGAUGACAAGACGUGCUGAUCAAGAUUGUAUUGGAGUUGAUGAUGAAGAUAGCGGAUGUGAUUAUGAUUCUCCAGCUCAUUCUCCAGUCGACUUUACUGAUGCUCCUCCCGGUCAUGUAUUUAACUAUGAAGAAUCUAAUAUGUCAUAUGAUUCUGGAUUUAGUACAGGUUCUGGUGAACAACAUAAACAACAAUAUUCAUCUCAAUGUCAAACAAUAUCAUCAGGAUCUAACAGUGGUAUAACGACACGAAGUAGUACAUUAAAUUCUAAUAAAUAUCCUGCAGCUAUUGAUCUUGAUGUUAAUGCCAUUGAACGAGACCUCGGUUUCUAG